GUCAAAGAAAUGCAACAGAAUGAAAAAGUCACGCUCUCGCCCAUCGCCUGCCUGCUUGUCUCCACCGCGCUCCGUUGCCGUGACACGGAUGUCCUGCAGGCGAUAAGGGACGGACGCCUCGCCCGGAUGAUCGUGGCCGCCGAGAUGGUUAGCGAAGGCAUUGCGAAGGUUCUGGAUGAUAGUGAUGGCAAAAUUAGUGCGGUCUUCCAAUUGGCGGGUGACAACACUACAGCUGCCUCUCUAACAGCGAUUGAUGAGAACAAAGUUGCAGAAAUUCAGGGUUUCUUUGACAGAGUUCUUGAAGCCACUGGUAAUAGUGGCAGCACGACUGAUACUACUGUGUGGACAACAACAACCGAAAAUGACAAACAAUCAACAUCUGGAAUACCACAGCAAGAGACUACAACUUUGCCACCUGUGACAUCUGAUCCAAUAAUUGUAACGCCGAGCAAGGCACCAGCUUCAGAAGAGCCCACGGGAAACCCAGUGAUCCCUCCUAAAGAGCAGCUCCCUUCAUCAGAAUACAUGAACUUCAAUGACACGGGGGCCGUCCUGAGUAGUUUCUUAAAUGUGACAGGUGAUCCGUGGUUUCUAGUGACCAAUCGGCCGUUGACAGAGACGUCAGCGGGAGGAAAGCCUGUUACAUCAACGACCUCAGUCCCAACUCAGACUAUGAUAGAGAGCGAGACCAUGAAUAUAUCCGAAGUACAGACUGAAGAGACUCGUAAACCUACAACAUUGCCUAGUGGCUUGACAGUGACUGCAGGAACUUCGGAUUUUCCUUCGACAGUGACUGUCGAGAUAUCAGAAAACCCUAUGACAUUUACUGGCUCUUCUGAUACUGUGACAACAGAUUCAUCUUUCUCAGGCACUACUACAUCGUUUACUGAUGAGACACCAUCCUCUUCAUUGGCAGUGACAGAAGAAACUGUAACUGAAUAUCCAGCAUCGGUGAGUGAGGGAGAAACUACUGCCUCAGUUGGUGUAAGUACAGAAAUGACAUAUACUGUGCCAUCAACUGAUGUUUCAAAAUCUCAGACUGAGACGACGACGAACACGUUUGCUUCCUCUGUUUCAGAGUCGACGACUGCAUCAAUGAAUGAAGAAACAGAAGGUGAUGACUUUCUAACUUCAGACUCUAUAGCCAUGGGAAUAACUACAGAAGGGACAGUGACCAUGGAAACAGGAACGACAGAAGCAAUAACAGAGACAACCACAACAGAAGAAUUUUCAAGUGAGUCAGUGACCGAAGCAACAGUUACUGGGGAAUCGACUCCCAUAGAAAUAUUUACAGAAGAAACGGCAACAACAGCAAUCAGUGAGGAAUCAACUCCAAGGGAGACGGCAACAGAGGGAACAGUCACAGAAGAGAUGGUAACAGAAGGAACACUCAUCACUGAGGAUUCGACGAACAGUGAGACGGCAACUGAGGGCGCAGUGACGCAAGAAUCGACGGACAGUGAGACGGCAACUGAGGGCGCAGUGACGCAAGAAUCGACGGACAGUGAGACGGCAACUGAGGGCGCAGUGACGCAAGAAUCGACGGACAGUGAGACGGCAACUGAGGACGCAGUGACGCAGGAAUCGACGGACAGUGAGACGGCAACUGAGGACGCAGUGACGCAGGAAUCGACGGACAGUGAGACGGCAACUGAGGACGCAGUGACGCAGGAAUCGACGGACAGUGAGACGGCAACUGAGGACGCAGUGACGCAGGAAUCGACGGACAGUGAGACGGCAACUGAGGGCGCAGUGACGCAGGAAUCAACGCCCAGUGCGACGGUAACUGAAGCUGCAGUGACGCCGAAAUCGACGCCCAGCGAGACUAUAACAGAAAUCGUGACUAAGGAAUCAACAUCCGUGACCGAGAUAAUAGAAUCGACUACAGAGGCAACUCCGCAAAUUUUACCACAUGAAAUAGCCGAGGACAUUCUUGCUCCACCAGUGAUUCCUUCAGAAGAGGAUUUACCCAAGACUGAAUAUGAACCCUUGAACGUUCCAGUCGAAUUUAUUCUUCACUUUCUUAGUUAAUUCGCCUAUUAUUGUAAUGGAUUGUCCUUCAGCUGGGUGCGCGAUUGCGUGUGCGAUUGUGUGUUUGUAUGUGGGAUGAGUACUGCUCGCAGGAUGUAACAUGGAUAUAUUUAUUUUGUGUAAUUUUGUGAAUAUUUUACUAUUAUUGAAUUUUAUGUAUCAGUUCAGCUAGUUACCAUGACCAUAGGAAAAUCCCUUUGUAAUAUUUAUAUAUAUCGAUGUAUGGAAUAACAUGAAAAUUUUAAACAAGAAAUACAAGUGAAUAACAACUGUUAAGCAGGUUACGUCAGGUGGUGUGUGUGUGUGCACGUGAGGGGAAAAAUAUUUAAAUUGUAUAAAAUAACAGCAAGUUGGUACAGAAAGUAUUGAUAGCAUUAUUUGUUGGAAAUAUUGUUUUUAUCAUGUUUUAAGAGUUCAUGUUUUGUUAUUAAAACUUUUAUAUAUGCAA